AUGGGGUUCGACCCACUGGAGUGGUACUGCCAGCCGGUCAAGAAUGGUGUGUGGUCGCUUGUGGUGGAGAAUGCGUUCGGCGCCUACACUCCGUGUGGCACUGACACCCUGGUGGUCUGCAUCUCAUACCUCGCACUCUUUGGCGUUUGCUUCUAUCGUAUAUGGAGGACGACGAGGGACUACACACUGCAGCGGUACAAGUUACGUUCACCAUACUACAACUACCUGCUUGGACUACUUGUGGUGUACUGCAUAGCAGAGCCGCUUUAUCGGAUUGCCACUGGUACCUCCAUCAUGAACUUGGAUGGGCAGACUGGCCUUGCUCCAUUUGAGAUUGUCUCAUUGAUCAUUGAGUCUGCUGCUUGGUGCUGUAUGCUUGUAAUGAUUCUGCUCGAGACAAGAAUUUACAUCAAUGAGUUCAGAUGGUACAUUCGGUUUGUGGUCAUUUACGUGAUGGUUGGUGAAGCUGCUAUGUUCAAUCUUGUGCUCUCGGUGAGGCAGUUCUACAGUUCAAGUUCAAUCUUUUACCUAUACUGCAGUGAGAUUGCAUGCCAGUUCUUGUUUGGAAUUCUCAUGGUGAUUUAUCUGCCUAGCGUGGAUCCAUAUCCAGGUUAUACCCCGAUCAGGAAUGAGGUGCUGGUUGAUAAUACUGAUUAUGAACCUCUUCCCGGCGGUGAGCAGAUUUGCCCUGAGAGACAUGUCAACAUAUUUGCCAGAAUAUUCUUUUCAUGGAUGACUCCUCUAAUGCAACAAGGAUUUAGAAGGCCCAUUACAGAUAAGGAUAUCUGGAAAUUGGACAGCUGGGACGAGACUGAAACUUUGUAUAGCCAAUUCCAGAAAUGCUGGAAUGAUGAACUUCGAAAACCAAAACCUUGGCUGUUACGAGCUCUUCAUAGUAGUCUUUGGGGAAGGUUCUGGCUGGGUGGAUUUUUCAAGAUUGGCAAUGAUGCUUCUCAAUUUGUUGGUCCACUUGUAUUGAACCUGUUGUUAGAGUCUAUGCAAAAAGGUGAUCCGUCUUGGAGCGGGUACAUCUAUGCUUUCUCGAUCUUUGCAGGAGUGUCACUUGGAGUUCUUGCUGAGGCACAGUACUUUCAGAACGUCAUGCGUGUGGGUUUCAGGUUGAGGUCCACAUUGAUUGCAGCUGUUUUCCGCAAGUCUUUGCGACUAACUAAUGAGAGUCGUAGAAAGUUUGCUUCUGGGAGGAUUACCAAUUUGAUUUCAACUGAUGCGGAGUCCCUUCAGCAAGUGUGCCAGCAGCUUCACAGCCUAUGGUCUGCUCCUUUCCGCAUUGUUAUUUCCAUGGUCCUUCUAUAUGCACAGCUUGGUCCUGCAGCAUUAGUCGGUGCACUUAUGCUGGUUCUUUUGUUUCCAAUUCAGACAGUAAUCAUCAGCAAAAUGCAAAAACUUACUAAGGAGGGGUUGCAAAGGACCGACAAGCGAAUCAGUCUCAUGAAUGAAGUAUUAGCUGCCAUGGAUACAGUCAAGUGCUAUGCUUGGGAGCAAAGUUUCCAGUCAAAGGUGCAGGACAUCCGCGAUGAUGAACUUUCUUGGUUCCGCAGGGCUCAGUUGCUUGCUGCGCUGAAUAGCUUUAUCCUGAACAGUAUACCGGUCGUUGUCACUGUUGUUUCGUUUGGUGUAUAUUCUCUACUGGGAGGUGAUUUGACACCAGCAAAGGCGUUUACUUCUCUUUCAUUAUUUGCAGUCUUAAGGUUCCCACUUUUCAUGCUCCCGAAUCUGAUAACUCAGGUGGUUAAUUGUAAGGUGUCAUUGAAGCGUCUAGAAGAUCUCCUGUUGGCUGAAGAGAGAUUACUUCUGCCAAAUCCACCUAUUGAUCCUGAUCUUCCAGCCAUUUCUAUCAAGAAUGGGUAUUUUUCAUGGGAAUCAGAGGCUCAGAGACCAACUUUAUCAAAUGUAAAUCUGGAUGUACCUGUUGGAAGUUUAGUUGCAAUAGUUGGAAGCACUGGUGAGGGUAAAACUUCUCUCAUAUCUGCAAUGCUUGGAGAAAUACCACCAGUAUCUGGAUCAGGUACCUCAGUGGUCAUUCGUGGAUCAGUGGCUUACGUUCCUCAAGUUUCCUGGAUCUUCAAUGCUACCGUACGGGACAAUAUUUUGUUUGGGUCUCCCUUUCAACCCCCACGCUAUGAGAAAGCGAUUGAUGCCACUUCAUUGCGGCAUGACCUUGACCUACUCCCAGGAGGCGAUCUGACAGAGAUUGGUGAAAGAGGAGUUAAUAUUAGUGGAGGGCAGAAGCAAAGAGUUUCAAUGGCAAGAGCUGUGUAUUCUGAUUCAGAUGUGUACAUAUUUGAUGAUCCACUCAGUGCAUUAGAUGCCCAUGUUGGCCGUCAGGUAUUUGAUAAAUGUAUCAAAGGGGAACUACAGCAUAAAACCCGGGUUCUUGUUACCAACCAGCUGCAUUUUCUGCCAUAUGUUGAUAAAAUACUGCUAAUUCAUGAUGGUGUAAUUAAAGAGGAGGGUACUUUUGAUGAACUUAGCAACAGUGGGGAGCUCUUCAAGAAGCUCAUGGAAAAUGCUGGAAAAAUGGAGGAACAGGUGGAAGAGGAUGAAAGUAAACCAAAGGAUGUUGCAAAACAAACUGAAAAUGUGGAUGUUAUAAUAGCUGAUGAAGGUUCACAGAAGAGCCAGGAUAGUUCUAGUAAAACAAAACCAGGAAAAUCUGUGCUUAUUAAACAAGAGGAAAGGGAAACUGGGGUUGUCAGUGUGAAGGUCCUUUCACGUUACAAAAAUGCACUGGGAGGUAUGUGGGUGGUGUCCAUACUCUUCUUCUGCUAUGCACUGACUGAAGUUCUUCGCAUUUCAAGUAGCACAUGGUUGAGCGUUUGGACUGAUCAGGGUUCUCUGAAAAUUCAUGGCCCUGGUUACUAUAAUUUGAUCUAUGGGAUUCUUUCAUUUGGGCAGGUUCUAGUCACUCUCUCAAAUUCAUACUGGUUGAUUAUAUCAAAUCUUCGGGCAGCCAAAAGGCUUCAUGAUGCCAUGCUCCGAUCAAUAUUGAGAGCACCCAUGGUGUUUUUUCAUACAAACCCACUUGGACGGAUCAUCAACAGAUUUUCGAAGGAUUUGGGUGACAUUGACCGAAAUGUUGCUGUAUUUGUCAAUAUGUUUAUGGCACAAAUAUCUCAGUUGCUCUCAACUUUCGUUCUCAUCGGUUUUGUCAGCACCAUGUCUCUUUGGGCUAUCAUGCCACUCCUGAUUUUGUUUUAUGCAGCUUACCUCUAUUACCAGGCAACAUCUCGUGAGGUGAAGCGUCUGGAUUCCAUUACCAGGUCUCCUGUGUAUGCUCAGUUUUCAGAGGUUUUGAAUGGUCUGUCCACAAUCCGUGCCUAUAAAGCCUAUGAUAGAAUGGCAAACAUCAACGGGAGAUCAAUGGACAACAACAUUAGGUUCACACUUGUGAACAUGGGUGCAAAUAGGUGGCUAGCUAUUCGUCUGGAAACAUUGGGUGGCAUCAUGAUAUGGUUUACAGCAACUUUUGCUGUCAUGCAAAAUCAACGAGCAGAGAAUCAGAAGGCCUUUGCUUCUACAAUGGGUCUUCUUCUUACUUACACUCUCAAUAUUACCAAUUUACUCACAGCUGUUCUUCGUCUCGCUAGUCUUGCUGAAAAUAGUUUAAAUGCUGUUGAACGGGUCGGAACAUACAUUGAGUUACCUUCAGAAGCUCCUCCUGUCAUUGAGGAUCAUAGGCCACCCCCUGGUUGGCCAUCAUCAGGUGUCAUCAAGUUUGAAGACGUCGUGCUUCGAUAUCGACCAGAACUUCCUCCUGUUCUUCAUGGCAUAUCUUUUGUUAUUAAUGGAAGUGAGAAGGUAGGAAUAGUUGGCAGAACAGGUGCUGGUUCUGUUCGGUUUAAUCUGGAUCCCUUUAACGAGCACAAUGAUGCGGAUCUCUGGGAGGCUCUGGAAAGGGCUCAUCUAAAAGAUGUUAUAAGGAGGAAUCCUUUAGGAUUAGAUGCUGAGGUCUCUGAAGCUGGUGAAAAUUUCAGUGUUGGACAACGGCAACUGUUGAGCUUAGCUCGUGCGUUGCUAAGAAGAGCAAAGAUACUCGUUCUUGAUGAGGCAACAGCAGCAGUUGACGUGCGGACUGAUGCUCUUAUUCAGAAAACAAUCCGAGAAGAAUUCAAAAGUAGCACAAUGCUCAUAAUUGCCCACCGUUUGAACACUGUCAUUGACUGUGACAGGUUGAUUAUUCUAAGUGCUGGGCAGGUUCUGGAAUUUGACUCUCCUGAGAAUCUUCUAAGCAAUGAGGAGAGUGCUUUCUCCAAGAUGGUGCAAAGUACAGGAACUAGCAACGCAGAAUACCUCAAGAGUCUUGUAUUUGGAAGUGGAGAAGAGAGGUCCCGGAGGGAAGAAAUCAAGCUGCAAGAUAUCCAAAGGAGAUGGGUUGCAUCUAACCGGUGGGCUGAAGCUGCCCAGUUUGCGCUUGCUAGAAGCCUCACAUCAUCACAUAGUGACCUCCUUUCACUAGAAGCUGCAGAGGGAAAUAAUAUUCUGAGGAGAACAAAGGAUGCUGUAAUCACUCUGCAAAGCGUACUAGAAGGGAAGCACAAUACUGAAAUCGAUGAAUCUCUAACUCAGUAUCAGGUCCCAGCUGAUCGAUGGUGGUCUUCACUUUACAAAGUGAUCGAAGGCCUCGCCACGAUGAGCAGAUGGGGCCGCAAUCGUCUGCAGCAACCUUCUUAUAAUUUUGAGAACAACGGUUCUAUUGACUGGGACCAAAUGUAG